AUGGGUGACGCUCCAGCAGAGGGUGCACCUCCACCAGAGGGUGCACCUCCACCAGAGGCUGCGCCACCAGCAGAGGGAGGAGCUCCGCCAGAAGCUGCACCUCCGGCUGGACCACCAGUGUUGAACAUCGAUCCACCAGCUGCUCAAGUACCUGCUGCAGGCGGACAGUCUCUACAUCAGAUCGCCAAUCCAAGCGGUGUCCGUUUGGCUUUCAAGGUAAAGUCAACGAACAAUAACGAUUACCGCCUGAAACCGGUAUACGGAUUUGUCGAGCCCGGGGCAACAGUUCCACUGGAAAUCACUCGUACAGCUGGACCACCGAAAGAAGAUAAAUUUGUGAUUCAGUUCAAGGAAGCAGCUGCAGGUGUCUCUGAUGCCGCGGCCAUUUUCAAGGAAGGACCACCAGCCGGGGAAGCUACCUUGCCCAUUAUGGCCCAAUAA